AUUCUGCGAUUUCUGGUUGGAUUUGUAAAUAGUUGGACGAGUAAAUUUUAAUGAAUUCUAUGAAUAUCCAUGACUAAACACUAACUUCCAUAGAAUUGACACAAAUACACGAUGUUCUCUCGUAAUUGGAGAGUCUUAAGCAGAGCUUAUUCACAGGCGGUAACCUUCAGAACCAGUGAAAUAUCACCUCAACAUCAGAAUGAUAAACAAAUUGGCCUGUUUUAUACUCUAAAGCAAGACACAUGUAAAGAACUUUUUUCAAAUGGUGGACUUCCGAAAAGUUUCAUGAAACAGACCAAAACAUUUACUGAGACGACUUUAAUGAUCCGCCAGCCUGCUUUAGAUCUCAUAAAUUGCAUCAAGUCUACUGAUUUUAAUAAACCUGUUAUUAGAUAUGUACUCUAUGGGGAAAAAGGAUGUGGUAAAUCCCUAACCAUGGCACACAUGAUCCAUUAUGCUUAUGAAGAUGGCUAUUUGAUUGUACAUGUUCCUUGGGUAUCAGAAUGGUUACGUCGAGUACCUAGGCACAAAGAGAUGUCUAAUUCACAAACACGGGAAGGGCUUGUUGACUUGCCUUUAGAUGCUGCUGCUUGGCUGAUUCAUUUUAAGAGUCAAAAUCAGACUCUUUUGAAGUCAAGUGAUCUGAAAAUAUCCAAGGAGUAUGUAUGGAGUAAAAGAGAAAAAACUGAAAGUGGGGCACCUUUGUCUGAAUUAGUUGAACAUGGAAUAGCCCGUAUUAAAUAUGCCUGUGAUGUCAUUGAUGCCCUCAUCAGUGAAAUCAAAAUCUUGUCUAAUAACAAACAAUGUAAAACCUUUGUAGCCAUUGAUGGCUUCAACAGCUUUUUCUACCCUCUGACCAGAUUAAACACUCCAACAAAGAAGAAAGUCAAACCUGAUGAAGUAACCCUAACCAAAUCUUUCUUGGAAUUAACAAAAAAUGAUUGGAAUAAUGGAAUUAUUUUAUUGAGUGCUGAUCAAUUAGCUGUUCCUGAUGAAAACCAAGACAGUUACUUUCCUAGAUAUUUAUUGAGAAAACAGGGUUUUGAAUAUUUAGAUCCAUUUGUACCAAUAGAAGUUGGAAGAUAUUCAGACAAAGAAUUUCUAUCCUGUGCAAGUUAUUACAGAGACAGACUAUGGCUCCGUGGCCCACCAGAAAUCGAGACAGAAUUAAAGUUCACUAGUGCUUGUAAUCCAUUUAAAUUCAUGGAACAGUGUGCACCUCUUUAAAAAUAUAUGACUGUAUAGAAUGUAUGAAUUAUGAAUAAAUAUGUUAAAUUCUUG